AUGGCUAUUCCUCAGUCUGCUCUUGUGCCCUUCUUCAAGGCUAUGAGAAAGGCACUUGGUGCUCAGGCCGCUACAACCAGGGUCUCCGUGCCCGGAGGCUUGUUUAUGCAAAAUCUGGGGCUUCGCAACACCAAUGAUAUCGAUGUCAUCCUCAAGGGAGUGACUACCAUCGACCGUAUAAAACUCCGUGACAGUAUCAUCGCCGCGGACAAUUCCUUUACCAUCAACCUCGAGAAGGUCUGUGGAGUGACCUACCGUGAUCCCGAUACGAAAAUCAUCAUCCCCAUCGACAUUAUCGACGAGGGAGUGACCGGGUUUAUGCCCCUUGGAGUUCUUCUUGGAGAGCUCAAUGAUACCGACGUCCCGUGGCCCGAAGCCGAUGAGGUUAUCAAGAUGAAGAUUUUGGCGGCUCCGGACCGCGAGGACCUCAACAAGGGAAUGCGCGAUCUUGACGAUGUUAAGGCUCUUCUCUCGGAGGGUGCCAAUGUGUCCAUGACGUACAAGGACGAUACCGAGAAGGCUACAAUCGAGGCUGCCUUUGAAAAGUUUCUUGCCAUUUAUCUCGAGAAGGAGACCGCGUGGUCUAAGGAGGUUUGGAAGAAAAAGCUUGGUCUCAUUUAGGUUAUUGGUACGAGUGCUUUAACCAUCGCUACUUCGGG